GAGAGGGUAAGAGAGAUGAGGAGGAGAGAGUCAGCUGGAGAGAGAGAGGAGAGGAGAGAUGAGAGAGGGUAAGAGAGAGGAGGAGGAGGAGGGGAGAGUGCUCUUAUUCUAGAAGGUUUGUGCCGUGCUGUGUUUGUGUGCGGAGCGCGCCGUGCUCGCUUCGCAGUGCCGGAGGAGGAGGAAGCGGAGGCGAUGAUGGAGCAGUGGGAUGAAUCCAUCGCAUCCUCCACAAGCACCCACCCCCCACGUCCUCUCUCUCCUCCCAAUGAGAGAGCCUCUCCCGCAUAAAGAGGCAAUUGUGACCGGCGGCUUCUGUCCCAACGCUCUCGCUUGCUCUGCUCUGCUCUCGUGUUGGGGGGGGGGGAUUUUCUUGUAAAAAAAAAAUAAGAAUCUGGGCAUUUAUUUAUUUAUUUAGUCCGCUAACCUCUCCCCCCCCAUCCCACCGCCUCGACCAUCUCUCGACGCAAGAAGAAGCGUCCAGCAUUCAUCACACAAUGGCUAUCGGGCAAGGUAAGGGCAGGAAUGCCUUUGGAUGAUGAAAUCCAAUGCUGGGGAAGAACAUUGGAAAUUGUCAUUGAAGCAGCAGUCAUGUGGAAAGAGUCUGGGGUGGAGGAGGAAGAUGACUCCGUGGAUGGGAUCCAGCCUGGCCCAGCCCAGGCCCAGGCUUUGUCCCAACAAGGCCAAGUCCAGGCUCAGGCUCAAGGCCAGGCCCAAGGCCAGGCACAGGCUCAAGUCCAAGCCCCGGGGCCUCUGCCACCGCCCAAACCACACUCCCGUGUGCCCACGGCCAAGCGAGGCCCUGGCCUGCCGGUGCUCCUCGCCCAGAGGCCGAUGCCGCCGCCCAUCCCAGCCAAACCAGCCUCCCUAGCAGCCGCAUGUGGACCUGCAAGGGAAGGGGCUGGCAGUGUGGAUCAUGAGGACUUCAUUCGUGGAUUUGAAGAUGUGCCCGUGGUGCAGAUCUACUCAAGUCGUGAUCUGGAAGACAGCCUCAACAUAAUCCGCGGCACCCUUUCAGACGACAAGCACGACUGGGAGAAACGCAUCGCGGCACUGAAGAAACUGCGAUCCCUCGUGAUUGCAGGGGCACCUGAAUACGAUUGCUUCUUUCAGCACCUGCGUCUGCUGGACAGCGCCUUUAAGCUCUCUGCCAAAGACUUGAGGUCUCAGGUGGUGCGGGAGGCCUGCAUCACACUCGGGCACCUGGCCACGGUGCUGAGGAACAAGUUUGACCAUGCAGCCGAGGCCAUAAUUCCGACCUUGUUCAACCUGGUCCCCAACUGCGCCAGGAUUAUUGCCACCUCUGGAGUGGCUGCUAUUCGUCUCAUCAUUCGGCACACGCACGUGCCUCGGCUUAUCCCGCUCAUUACUGGAAACUGCACCUCCAAGUCAGUUGCAGUGCGCAGGCGAUGUUAUGAGUUUCUUAACCUCCUGCUGCAUGAGUGGCAGUCGCACAUCCUGGAGAGGCAUGUUGCCGUUCUGGUGGAAACGAUUAAGAAAGGCAUCCCUGAUGCAGAUGCUGAAGCCAGAGUGGAAGCUAGGAGGGCCUACUGGGGACUGUACAGCCACUUUCCAGCGGAGGCCGAGGCUCUGCACGCGACGCUGGCGUUCAGCUACCAGAAGGCUCUCCUGAGCGAGCACGGCGGUGGGGCGAGCUCUCUCAACCGCUCCGACCACUCCACCUCAUCGUCGCAGGAGAGCCUCAACCGAGCGCCACCUGCCAAGAGCUCCGUGACUCCUAAAAUCAAAGGAGUCGUGUCCCGGGCCUACUGCAGAUCGACGCCGCUGCCUCCUCCUCUCCCCGUGACGCUGCAGCGCUCGCGCAGCGACGUGGACGUCAACGCGGCCGCUGGGGCCAAAAGUCGCGCGAGCGGCGGGAACACGAAGAGGCUGACCGUGGCUGCGAGCCUCGCCCCGGGCUCCACCGCUUCGCUCGCGGACAGCACGGAGGAUGAUCCUGGAGGUCACGCGCGCUCGCGUCACACGGCACCGGAGAGCUUCUUUGGACUCUCGAGUGGUGGAGGAGGAGGCACGGUAGCCGCUUUAAGCGAAGUCAAAGACCGCAGCCGCGCCAAGGGAUCGCAGUCCCAGCCUGGAAGCAGGUCGGGUUCCCCGGGGAAGACGCUGAGCGUGGCGCCAUCCCCCUACGGCUGCCUGAGUCUGUCGCCGUCGAGCGGCGCUCCCCUCGCCGUGUCUCCCACGCAGUACAAGGCCAGCCGCGUGCCACGCAGCCAGGGCUGCAGCCGGGAGACGAGUCCCACUCGCCUCUCGCUCGCGCGGUGCGGCGGUGGCGGUGGCGGUGGUGGUGGCGGCGGUAGCGGCAGUCGAAUCCCGCGGCCGAGCGUGAGCCAGGGCUGCAGCCGGGACAGCAGCCGGGACACGAGCCCAGCCCGCGGCCUGCCCUCGCUCGCCCCACGCCACCACUCCAAGUCGACGAGCGCGCUCGCCGCCGCUGAGACUUAUCUCUGCGCAGAGCGGUUUGGCUUCGUGCCGCCCGCCAGGCUCCUGGGACUGGACGUGGAGGCCGCUGUCGCCAGUUCUCUCUACCUCUUGAGGAGCCAGAACAGUAAGGGCAUGAGUUCGGACGAUGAGGGGGACGGCGAUCUGUCAAGCGCCGGCUCGGAGCCGUCGGGCUGCAGCUCGCGCGACAUGCCGCCCUGCCAGCGCGCGCGCCCGCCGGAGAGCGUGGCGGCGCUGCUCAGCCACUGCGCCAGCGCCGACUGGGUGGAGCGCAAGGACGGGCUGCGAGGCCUGCGUGCGCUGCUCGCCUCGCGAAGACCCCUCAGCCAAGCAGAGCUUCGACGGCUGUGCGACACUUUCACCAGAAUGUUUGCAGACCCACACGGCAAGGUGUUCUGCGUGUUCCUGGACACGCUGGUGGACUUCGUGUCGCAGUGCCACAGCGAGCUGCACCACUGGCUUUACGUACUGCUCACACAGCUGCUGUCACGUGCGUGUGCCAGCCUCCUGGGCUCCGUGCAGGCCAAAGUGCAACGAGGUCUUGACAUUACCAGAGAUUGCUUUCCGUUCGACCAGCAAUUCAACAUCAUCAUGAAGUGCAUCGUGGAUCAGAGCCAAACAGCCAAGAUGAAGUUGGCGACGAUGCGGUACCUGGAGGGGCUUGCGCGGCGCAUGGACCCGGAGCACUUUGCCAACUCGAGUGAGACGCGGCACGCCGUGUCCCGCGUCAUCACCUGGUCAACGGAGGCCAAGAGCUCGAGCGAGACACGGAAGGUGGCACAGGCGGUGCUCAUCGCUCUCCUUGAGCUCAACACGGCCGAGUUCACCAUGCUGCUCGGAGCGCUGCCCCGGACCUUCCAGGAGGGAGCAACGCGCCUCCUACACUCGCACCUGCACGCGCUGGGCGCGAGUGGAGCUGGUGGCGUGCUCACCGUGGUGAGCCUUAACCCCGCGCUGGCGUUGGCGAGCCCGACCUCAUCACCCACCGUGUCCUCACAUGGCACCUUCUCGCCCAGCUUGAUGCCGGAUCUGGAGGCGGAGUCGGCGCCACGGGAAGAUGACGAGUCGGCGCUGCGCAGCGUUGCCGAAGCUGCCCGUCAGCUCAGCUACCACGUCCUUGAGCCAGCGAGCCGGCUGUCCCGCAAGGAGAGCGAUGCUGUAUCUCGUGACAACGGCCUCGCCGCCUCCCUCACGGACGUGCGGGGGCCCGGCUCAGCCGAUCGUGCCGACAGUCCGUCCCUCGUAGCGGCCCAGCCGAGAGCGGCACCCGUGGUGGCGGCGGCGGCUGCGGCAACUGCGAGAGGGACGGCGACGAGCGGAACCGCCGCCGCACUGCCCACGCAGGACGACGCCACCGCCAGCGCCGUCAACACCACCGCCAGCGCCGCUUCCAGUGCUACCAGCAUCGCCACGGCUACGGGCACCGUGAACGGCGCGUCGCCGCGCGAUCACGCGCGCACGACGUGCGCCACCGAGCCCGGGGACGUGGCAGACGGGAGCGCGGCGCUGCCCGACAUCCUUCGGGAGUUGUCGAGCGGGGCGGAAGGUGGCGAGCGGCAAGGUGAGCGGAUGCGCGCCGCACUGCAGGACCUGUGGAGGCUGGCACACGAUGGCUGGCUCACUGACAGCGGGUCCACGCCACUGCUGCUGACGCUCACCGACGCCGUCGCGGACCCUGACCACACAGUGCGCAUGCUUGCGCUGCACGUGCUGCGGGAGAUGGCGCUGAACCGGCCCGAGUCCUUCGCGAGCCAUGUGGAGGUCGCCGUGAUCCGGACUCUGGAGGCUCACCGUGACCCCCACAAGGAGGUGGUGCACGCGGCGGAGGAGGCCGCCGCGGCCCUGGCGUCGGCUCUUCCGCCCGAGCCGUGCCUGCGGCUGCUGUGGCCAUUCGUGCAGACGGCCACCUACCCCAGCAACCUCGCCGCCAUCAAGAUGCAGACCAAGGUGGUGGAGCGGCUUCCACAGGACGUGCUGCUGUCUCUGUUGCCCGAUGUUGUGCCCGGCCUCGUGCAGGGCUACGACAACGCCGAGACAAGCGUGCGCAAGGCGAGCGUGUUCUGCCUCGUGGCGAUCUACACGGUGAUCGGGGACGAGCUCACCCCACACCUGGCGCUGCUGUCCAGCAGCAAGAUGAAGCUGCUGAAUCUGUACAUUAAGCGAGCCCAGGCAGGCUCCAGUGGAGAGAGCACGGCCGAUAUGCCGGGCCAGAGCUGAGCGCGUCAUCGCCGCCACCAUCACAAACCACCGCAAGACGCGGUGCUCUGUACAACCGGGGGGACGGCACCUGGCAUGCAACUCCUCGCUUCGUGCUCCACACUCCCCCCCCCCCCCCCCGCUGUCUGCCCACCUUCUCUGCUUGAAUGACGGUGCCUUCGUGCCCACUUGGGUCCCCACCGUCACCGCGAGUGUCCUCGGAUAGCCAGGGAUUCAUUUCUCACUGCAUAUUUUCUUGGUCGCCAGUAGUCUGGAGUAGGUGGCACAUUGACAAUGGUCACGGCCACAGUUGACAGGUUUGCUGGAUGUGGCGUGCCCGGUGUAGACAUUUUUUCUGAGUCACCAACCCAGACAGACCCCGCUGAAGUCAGAAUCAGAAUCUUUAUUUCGACUGGAAGAAUCCGAUGAGCUAUGAAGCUCUUUUUCACCGAUGUCCAGUAGGAGCGGGUCAAAAAGUUAAGUGCCGUGUAGGGCCAUCCGUGUGGCUUUUGGCUGGCAGCGGCGCAGUAAGCGGUAGCCACAGCUGUAGUGGGAGGGAUUGUGGAUGCGGUGCGCUGGGUCGGGGAGUACUUUCAUGUCACUGAGCCAGUGGCCAGGCUCGGAUGAAUUAGCUCUGUGUGUGUGGCUAUCCAUGUAGCAGUGGCACGGCUGUGUGGAACGCAGAGAGAAUGACUGCAUGUUGCGCUGGUGGGCAGGAGCUGGUCCACCCCCUUUAAAGUGUCGUGACUGAGUAGGUUGUGGAGAGCAUCGGGGUCAGGUGUCGUGAAAUUUAACUGUCAUGUGUUGCUCCAUCAGCACACGAGUGGAAAAGUAAAUUUGUCAGUGUCCAAGAUCUUCAUUAAGAUGUGUAUUUUGUUCGAUUAUUCUCAGCACAAUACAUAGUUUAACUCAUAUCUGAGCCGCUGUCACGGUCGUUAAUUAAAUUAUCACUUUUUUUCUCCAAAUAUCAAUGCACAGCAUUUAGUAUAAUGCCACUGUAUAGUGGAGCAAACCAUGCCCGCGUUAAUGUAACAUAACAUAAGCUCGCACUUUGUCAUUCACACCAACUCGUUUGUUAUAUCUGAUCUAAAAUCCACCAGAGUGCUGUAAGUGUAAUGUACGAGAAAUUGCUGCCCACUUCGUGAACACACCGCUGGGUUAUUUGGAAUGCUGGCCGUUGGAAUUGUCCGUUAAUGUAGGAGGUUGCCGGUGCGUCGUAUUUAAUCUUAGUCAGAGUCACGUGAAUUGACACGUCUGUGCAUUUGUAGCGCUUUACCACCUUUUGCCAUCUUCGAGCCAUGCUGCGCUGCUUGCGCUGUGUUCAGCGUCUGUGCGUGCACAACAAACACAGAGGCUAGCAGCGCACUCGGGUAGCCGCGUACUGUGUCGUGCCAUCCCGUUCAUACCACCGAGCAGAGCCGGCCCAGCCACUAAGCGACCCUUGCAAUUGCAAAGGGCCCCGUGGCCAGCAGAGGGCCCCCUAGAGUCACUGCGAGCUAGUGGGUGAAAAAAAAGUCAUACAUCAAAGGGGCCUCCAACCAAAUUUUGCUUAGGGCCCCCAAAGGUCUAGGGCCGGUUCUGCCACCGAGGCACCUGGUGGACGACUCUUGCCAAGGUAGCAUGGGCUCAUAGCACAUCGAUAUGUUUAGGGACGAUGGUGAAUGUUGUAAUAUGCAUGCUGCCACAAUAACUAUCGGGAGAUGCAGUCAUCGCUCAGUCGUGUGUGCUCUUCAGACGGAAUCCCUGUUUGAAUACGUUUGCGUAGAUGUUUUUCACGUAAGGUUUUCAAAAAGCACCACGAAGAUUGCCCGCCGAUAAUUACACUCACUCGUUUUGAGAAUAGCAGCAUCUGCUGGAUAUAAUUUUUUUAGUCUAGAAAGUGGAGAGGGAUUAGGUCGUGAUAUUUAUUGGGUUGAAGUCACAAACAUGGAUUUAAUAGUGGCAGGAGGGGCUCAAUACAAGACUGUAUCCACUUCAUCUUCCUGGCAUUUUCCCAAUAAAUGUGGGCUCUGCCUCACUGCUCCUCUUUCUGCACUCGCUCCUGUCCUGGGUCAUCCUCUCCACAUCCUCCACAUCCUGACUCACCACGUGGAGCCACCGGUCUCUCGGCCUACCUCUCAGUCUCUGCCCUGUUUAUCACCUUCCUUCCGAUGUGAUUUCGCUCUCUUCUUACGGCAUGUCCUAGCCACCCGAGUCAACUAUCGUUCAGACGCACUGCUCUAUCUGCAUACUUAUUCAUAGUCACACUGCUGUUAAGUACGGACAUUGAUCAGUCCCAUGGCUAAUUUCAGAAGUGGCAGCACACACCUGUAAUCUGGCGACUUGGAGGCACUUCGCAAACAAAAUAUGCCUGUUGGAUAGCACAGCAAGUAAGUUGCAUGCCGAACUGUGUUAAAUUUGUUAGUCAUUUUUACGCGUGGGUUUUUUUCCACUACUGCUGUUUUCUCACACAUGCAACAAUAACUAAAAAUAAAUCGAAUAGAUCAAGCAGCCAAAGCAGGUGGAAAAAAUGUUCAGACUCAGUGAGGCAUUCCUAGAUAAACAGAGAAUUUACCGUACUUUAUUAAAAUCAAUCUUGGGCCAAAACAGUAGCAUUAACAUUCUUGUUUUUUUGUUGUUUAUGCGCCACCCUCCUUUAAUGACCACGAGCCGCGCAAACUAAGGUCGGCACACCGCAGUCUGAAGUGGGGGGGGGGGGAUGUGUCUGGCUUAGCAUCACCGUGGCACUUUUCAGAUAUCCACGAGGCUACUCCUGAAGCCAUCCCCCGGCUCACUCACCAACCUUCACGUGAACAUACAGUAUCAACGCCAUCGAUCAACUCCCCACCAUACAAAAGGAGAAAACUAAAGGACCCUCCAUCGUAGCCCAUCAGCUAACAACUCCCUCCACAUUUCACCUCUCCAUUGCAACCAUAAAUCGACAAAACAUAGCGUUAGAGCUGAAGCGUAAUUCAAGUGGAGGUGAUGUCUCGGUAACAUAGAGUCGGUGGUUAGUGUCCAAAUGGCAAUCCUGCGGGAGCUUCCGCCUGACGCAGACUCGCUACUGAUGAACAAUCGUGGCAGCAAGAUUGCGUGUGUAGCACUGCUGGCUGGUAGCUCUCCAGUUUCCUGCCACAUGUCGCGUGAAGUUGUAGUUUGACAUGACGCGCGGCGUGUGUGGUGUCGCAAGUUAGAGUAGCUCGUUUGUUAUUUAAAAUUGACGCGGGUUCUUGUCAAUGUAAAAGAAAAACGGUGUGCGUGUGUUUUUUAUGUUCAUAAAAAAAGAAUUCUUAACUGGGCAACGCAGAAAAAUACGACAAAAAAAAUUGUGCCACGUUUAAAACGUCGUGCGACACCGGCUGAUGAUGUCGCUGGCUGACUGGCGUGUCAUGCCCUGGUUUCAGGUCGCUAAUUUGAGAACUUUAAUUUAUAAUAAAAUCACAACUCACUUUUGUAAAUGUUCUCUUUUUAGUGGGUGGACAGAUUAUAGGAAAACACGUUUUAUGUAUUAAAACAUUGAUUAAAACUUUAUAUAUAAUGCUAUUAAUUAGGAGUAGAGUAUACAGAUUUAUAGAUAUAUUAAUUAAUCCCUUAUCCCAUAUACUAGAUAUAUCUGCUAAUGUAGUGAGACAUGUUAUGGGCAACAGGGUUAUCAUUGGGGAGGCAAACAACUCUACAGUUUUGCUCACGAUGUUGCCCAGGGCUUAAUCUUUCACGCAAUAUAUUGCCACAGUUUGCUACAUUCCUGGGAGGUGGCACGUGACUAAUAACCACAGCCAUAACGAGAGCUACUGUGGAUGUGGUGUGCUGCGUGCAGGAAAAAUUUCCGAGUAGAUGACCCACACAGACCUGGCUGAAAUUAAGCUCUGGUGUUGCUUUGUUUUUCACUGGUUUACAAUGAACAUUGCAUCAUAAUCUGAGAAAAGAUAACGAAAAAAUAUUUGUCCUAGAUAAUUGGCAGAUAUAUAAAGUAUGUACAUUGCAAAGUUGCACCCUGUAUUGACUGUGGCAGCUGUUAUCACAGAGUAUAUUGCUGUAGGUGGUGGGUUUGCAUGGAGGAGAUAAUAUAUAUCGAGUUAUUCUCUGAUGGAUAUUUAAUUGAGAUGUAUUUCCUUAAAUGUGUUUAAUAAACUGU